UUUCUAUUGGCCUGCUGCGUUCUAGCGCCAAGAUUUCAAUAAAAAGGGCGAGCGGACAACAGAAACCGCUUCAGUCUCUGCUCUUCGUCUGUGUAUUCUCUGCUCCUUAGUGUAGAUUUCGUCUCUUUGUUUUACGCCAUUUUUUAAUUUAAGUUAACUUAUCUUUUUAUUUGUCUGUCCGUGUGAACUCCAGGAUAUAAAAAUGCUUUCUGCUCGCUCUCCUCUCUCCGUGAAGAAUGAAAACUCAGUCAGCAGUAAGAUGGACAACAUGUCUCUGAACAAAGAAAACACGCCGCCGAGCCUGAACACGACCCGCAUCUUGGCGUCUAAAACCGCGCGAAAAAUCUUCGACGACGCUGCGCCCAAAGCCGUGAAGAAGAGCAGCGAGGAAGAGGAGGAGCCGCUGCUGAAGGAGAACCCUCGUCGCUUCGUCAUCUUCCCCAUCCAGUACCACGACAUCUGGCAGAUGUACAAGAAGGCCGAGGCCUCCUUCUGGACCGCAGAGGAGGUGGAUCUGUCGAAGGACGGGCAGCACUGGGACUCUCUGAAGGACGAGGAGCGCUACUUCAUCUCUCACGUGUUGGCGUUCUUCGCCGCCAGCGGCGGCAUCGUCAAUGAGAACCUGGUGGAGCGCUUCACACAGGAAGUCCAGGUGACAGAGGCCAGGUGUUUCUAUGGUUUCCAGAUCGCCAUGGAGAACAUCCACUCAGAGAUGUACAGCCUGCUCAUCAACACCUACAUCAAGAAGCCAGCAGAGAGAGAAUACCUGUUCAACGCCAUCGAGACUCUGCCCUGUGUGAAGAAGAAGGCCGACUGGGCCAUCAACUGGAUCGGAAACCACAACGCUGGAUUUGGGGAGAGCGUGGUGGCCUUCGCCGUGGAGGGAAUCUUCUUCUCUGGUUCCUUCGCCGCCAUCUUCUGGCUGAAGAAGAGAGGCCUGAUGCCCGGCCUGACCUUCUCCAACGAGCUCAUCAGCAGAGACGAGGGUCUCCACUGUGACUUUGCCUGUCUGAUGUUCAAACACCUGGUGAACAAACCGUCGGCAGAGACGGUGACCGAGAUCAUCAGGAACGCUGUGGAGAUCGAGCAGGAGUUCCUGACCGAGGCUCUGCCCGUGAAGCUGAUCGGGAUGAACUGUGAGCUGAUGAAGCAGUACAUUGAGUUUGUGGCCGACAGACUGAUGCUGGAGCUCGGCUUCACCAAGAUCUACCGCGUGGAGAACCCCUUUGACUUCAUGGAGAACAUCUCUCUGGAGGGAAAGACCAACUUCUUUGAGAAGCGAGUGGGCGAGUACCAGCGGAUGGGCGUGAUGUCGGGCUCCACCGACAACACCUUCAGGCUGGAUGCUGACUUCUGAGAUGGAGGUGGAGCCACGCGCACUCAGCCACACGUUCUCACGGUGGGACAAUGACCAUGCCGUUAUGCGCUUAAAACACAAACUCUAAACCCGGUAGUAGAAAGUUCUCUCAGUCUCUUCAAAGUGGAAUCACUCCGAACUACAUGUACAAAAAGGUCCCUUAUCUCAGGUGUUUGAAUUACUAUUUUAUAGGGAUGCACCGAAUCCAGAUUUUUGGUGUUUCGGCUGAAUCCUGAAUCCCCUGGUUGAGAUUGUGCUGCCUCCUCCUCCCAUCCUCAGUCCAUGAACCCAGUAAACACAUGAAUGAAGUAAACAG